AUGGCAGCAGGAUUACAGAGUUCCUCGGCGCUAUCCACAUUCUGCAACGCUCUCAGUAUCCUCAACUCUACUGAGGUGGAACAGGUGUGGAGUAACACCUGUCUAGUUAUCCAGGCUCUAUUGUUACCUGUCCUGGGGGACUGGCCUGUCUGCAGUGGGGAAACCACAGCUCCCCCAGGCCCAAGGGUUUCCAGAUCCCUCAGCCUCAGCCAGCUCCUAUGCAACUAUGACAACUGGACCGAUCAUGCUAAUGAAGUAGAUGCAGGCCUGGUCACUCUGUGUAGUGAAAAUGACGGGGAGGCAUUCAUUCAAGGGGUAUGCAACAAUGUUCAACUCAUGCAGGCAUUGGAGGCCAAUCCUACUAAUAGUUGGAUAUGGAAUUUCUGUGUUAACUCCUCUGAGGGAUUUAUCGUGAGUCAGUUCUGUAGGUAUGAAACAUGGACAGAGUCAGUGGACCCGUCCAUGGUGGGGUUCUGCUGGGACCAGGACCAGGAAAGGCUGAAAACUUUACUCUGUGAAAACCUAGACUUCUUCACAAUAGUGUUUUCCAACGUUGAGAACAUCUGGCUUAUGCCGAAUUGCACUGAGGCCCCGACAGAGCCAGACAGAAACUCUCUCGUGGUGGCUUCCUGCCGGUACUCUGAUUGGCUCAACAUGAUGGAUGUUACUACGGACAUGAUUUCCUUUUGCGUCCAGCAUGAUGACCAGGGCUUCGUAGAGAAUGUGUGUGCCAACGCCACCCUUCUGAAUAAGCUGCAACGUAACAGUGAUGAUGUCUGGGUAGGAGACUACUGUAAAACUGUCUCCCGUGACCCACCUGUGCCGUCCAGCGUGCCAGACGCGUGCACCCAGACUGACCUGGCUCUCUGCGCUGCGCUGGAUUCUCUGAACUUAACUCAAAAGGUUUGCGCCGAUGCAACGGUGCUCCGGAACCUGCUAGCCAACCGGUACAAUUCGUGGCUCUUGGCCUAUUGUGUUAAUCACACUGGCGCCAGUGGUGGGGGGGGGCUGGGUGGAGGCCUGAUUGGGUUUAAGCCAGUGGAACAGUGCCAGUAUUCCAACUGGACCACAGCACUCCCUGAUGCGGGUCUCAUGGCCCUGUGCUGGGACCACAAUAAUGAUAGCUUUGUCUCCUCCAUCUGCCCCAACACUGUCCUCCUCUCUUUGCUUAAAAAAGAGCCCUCCAGCAUUUGGGUAGGCACACUGUGCACCACCUACACCAACUUUACUCAUCAAAAUACCCAGAACAAGACCAACAGCGCCUUCACAAGCUCCCAGCCUGCAAUGUUCCUCAACUUCAGCCGACUCCUAUGCGACUAUGGCAACUGGACAGAUCAUGCAAGUGAUGUGGACACAAGCCUGGUGACUCUGUGUAGUCUAAAUGACAAGAAAGCAUUCUCUGUAGCGGUGUGCAACAACACCCAGCUCCUGAAAGCCCUUGUUACCAAUCCUCAAAAUAACUGGCUGUGGAAUUUUUGUGUUAACUCGUCUAAAGGACUCCCUAUGAAUCAGAUGUGUAGUUAUUCAAACUGGAUGACUGGGAUGGUGGACCCAUUGGUGGUGGGGCUCUGCUGGCAACAGGACCAGGUGGGAUUUCAAAAGAACGUGUGCUGCAAUGCUCUCCUGGUUGAGAAGUUAACCUCGGAGCCACUGAACAAGUGGCUCUCGUAUGUCUGUGUCGACAACGAGACCAUGGACAUCCUGCCACAGGUGUGCCGGUACUCUGACUGGAAACAGCCCGUCAUCGUAGACAUGACCGACCUGGCUCUCUGUGCUGAGCUGGAUCCUCUGAACUUCACUAAGAAGGUGUGUGCCGACCCCACAGCACUCCAGAACCUGCUAGCCAACCUGGACAACACGUGGCUGGUGGCCUAUUGUAUUAAUCACACUGGUCCCAGUGGUGCGGGGGGACAGGGAGGACACCUGAUGGGGUUCAAGCCGGUAAAUCAGUGCCAGUAUCUCAGCUGGACCGUAGUGCUCCCUGACCCAGGUCUCAUUGCCCUGUGCUGGGACAACGACCACGCCAACUUUACCUCCUCCGUCUGCACCAACACAGCUCUUCUCUCUCGCCUCAAGAAGGAGCCCUACAGCCUGUGGGUGGGCACUGUCUGCACCGCCUACAUCGACGGAACCAGGCAAGGCCGAACCAACAGCACGUCCACAGACCCCCAGCCCUGCCUGGUCAGAGACCUUUUAAAAAGGCUGAACUGGACCUGUACCAUAGACUUCAGCUCGGCCUGUCAGCCAGGCUCCAGUCAGACUCAAGCUCUGCAGAUUUUGCUGCGCUGCGGUUUGGCUGCCCUGCGGCCUCGACUGACGGAGCACCUGACCACGCAAACCGCCUCCAUGUUGGACCAAGCAACCAGCCUGACCGUGGUGCUGCUGGUGGCCCUGGAAGAGAGCCAGAUGAUCUCCCUACCGGUGACUGAAAGCAUCCACUUCAGUGUGCUGGAGUCUGUGGUCCUUUAUCUGGAGAAGGAGACCGACUUUGAGAAAAAGAGGGUCCUGCUGCAGUGCUUUGGGAAAGUGCUGACGAGCUUGAUGCAGACAGGACGAGAUGUGACUAGUGACAGGUUUUUCCUCAUCAAGGAGUAUUUUCGUAUCCCUUUGGCCAGCCUGCGGGCAGUGCUAAGUGCAGUGGACUUUGCCACAGUCCGAGAGAUCACGCAGUACUACAGCAGGAACCAGGCAACGCUGCAGCUCACUGAGGACUACCUGAGCACCAUGAUAUCAGUGUUUUUCCAGACCCAGUUGGUCAAAGAUGGGAACCUCUUUCCUGAACUUACCCCCCUACUGGCCCUGGCCAGCCCUGCAGACAUCCAGUCACUGCCCCCCUUUCAGACCUACUCCAGUGUGAUAAAGACCAUCAAUGGAAACAUUGGGAGCCUGUCUGUGGAGCAGCGGCGGGCCUUCGGGAAGUGGUACAGCCAAGCUUUCAGCUCCCUCAACAUAACAGCUGGUGGCCUCACCCUCAUCAGGGACACCGGUAACCUGAUCGUCUACUUGCCCCUCCAAAGCUUCCAGCACCUCUCGCCUGCUCAGCUGUUGGAUGGAAUGGAUAUUGUGCUGGUGAACACCCUGAGCCCUCUCCAGCAGCAGUUUGUGGCUGAGAGCCUCAUAGGGACCUUCAGAAAUCUAACAGCGGAGCAGUUCAGGAAGCUUGGUAACCUGACGUGUCUGUCAGACCCAGUGGACCUUCUGCUGUACAGAAACACGGACGUCUUCUCUGUGAUUCUGGAUGACGUGAGGACAUGUGUGAUCCAGGGACGCAGUGUCACCAGUGACAUGAUAUUCAGCUUGUUCCUGAAUGUGAGCGACCUUCAGUCUCCAGGCUCCCUCUCCGCUGACCGUUUGUCUCAGCUGGCUCCCUUUUUGCCCUGGUUAGGGGUGAGCUUCCUCCAGAAGCUCAACCAAUCCCAGCUCAACACUGCCCUGACAGCCCUCUCCUCAGUGCCCUUCACCCCUUCACAGGCCAGUAUAAUAGUGGACAAAGUGUCUCAAGACAAAAGUCUGGCUCUCCCAAGGCAGCUGCAGAAGCUGGGCUCUCUUGUGAUUGGUGUGAAGGUGGAAACUCUGUGGAGCCUGACGUCUGACACCCUGCUGUCCUCCCUGCCAGACAUGGCUCUGCACAUUCCCGGCCUCAACGCGCCGCAGGCCAACGCCAUCACCACCAAACUCUGGGACUCACCAAAGGUGACAGGCUGGUUGGAUAAGGUGGAGCCCCUGCUCUCCAGCACCCCUCUGCUCUGUGUCAUGACCAGGGCUCGUGACCUGGUGGCCAAUGUCACUUCAGCAGCCAGACAAGCCUGGAACACUCAGCAGGCCAAAACUAUUUUUAAAGAAGCAGUGAAGACUGAUGCCAGUCUUUCAAUUGAGAAGUUUCUUGCGCUUGGAAGCAUUGCUCCAGGUGUAAGCUGCACAGCCUUGCAAUUGCUUUUUAAGGAUCAGCCGUACUUUUCCUCAGCACGGAGGGUCCUGGCUUUACUGAGAGGGCAGUCUGUUCCUCUCCAUACAUCCCUGAAAAAAUGCAUAAUCGAGAAGCUAUAUAACUUUAACUUCUUCUCUCAACUGCUGGGAGAGUUUGGCGCUCAGAUUGCUCUGGCCUUGCCGAUGACCACCAUAACGAGAUUCUCUAGCGACAUGAUGAACACUUUUAAGAGGAUGAUUGUACAGGAACCACAACACUUCUUGCUCCUCCCGAGUAUUAAACAGGAUGUUCUGGUUGACAAGAUUGUGCAAAGACUGGGUAUGUACACAGGGGAGUUCACAGAGAAUGAGUUCCGUUCACUGGGUAUCAUGGCGACUUAUGUAGUCGAUGAGGUGUUUGUGCAACUGGCGCGGAGCUUUUUCGUGGAGAGCCUGGAGUUCCUCAGGAAGUUUUGCUAUAAUAGGAACAAACGGGAUAUCGUCGCACAGAUCCUACAGGAGCCAGGCACCUUUGGCCCUGUACAGAACUGGACUCUUGAUACGCUCAAUCAAGUAGACAGGUUUUUAUUCUUCUUUCCCAGAAACACACUGCAGCAAAUUCCCCAGGGCCUGAUGACCCAGGGACGUAUAGAGAGGCUGUUUCUGAGUCAGCACAACUGGGAGUCAGGGCCUUUGGGGGCCCUCUGUGUGCAGGGGCAGGACCAGGUUGACCAGAUGCAGCUGUUUGAGAAGCAGCAGUUUGUUCUUCAGUACUUCCUGGGUUUUCUCAAAGCAGGGCCAAUAUCUCCUACAUUGAUCCCCACCUGUGAAAAGCUGCAUACAAUACAGCCUUCAACCUGGAGCACAGACAGUUUGACAGGCAUGUCAUCUUCUGCCUUCAGCUGUAGUCUGGAGCUCUUUGGCCAGGACCCAUUCUUUUCACCAUACCAAAAGAAUGUACUUCUCCAGAAAACUAAAGAGAUCUAUGGACCGGCCCGCUCCUUCACCCCACCUGUGAUCACUCAGCUGGGCCAGAUAGCCACCCAGCUGUCAGUGGAAGAGCUGAGUGUGAUCAGUCUGUCAGAGCUGCGCACUGUCUCCGCCCUGGGGGCACUUAGCACCUGGAACAGCAGACAGCUGGUUGUGCUUGCCUCCUCGGUGCUCAACCACACCAAGGUGAGUCCUAGUCAACUGGGAUCCAGCACCCUGGUGGCUAUAGGGCACAUACUGUGUGGGUUCAAGGAAUCAGACAUGCGCUCCCUUAACCCAGUGGAGUUCAGUAAGGCAGUUCUGUGGCUGGGCCGUCUGAGGCUCACUUGUUCAGAAGCACAGCAGCAGGCUUUAGUGGGACUGCUGAGCAAUAGCCUGGCAUUCGGACCUAUGAGCUCCUGGGGCACUGAGGUCUUCAUUGAGAUUGGAUCGCUAGCAGCUGGCCUCCCAGAUAUGGCAAUGUCAUCUUUAGUGGAGGAGCAGAUUGAAGGUCUUACACCUCUGGCUGUGUCCCUCAUCCAAGCAGACAAGUUUGCUAUUGUGUUUAACCCCUCCCAGAUCAGCAUGUUCUCCUAUGAGCAAGCGAAAGCUGUGACUGAUGCCCAGCGCUCACUUUUGUCACCCGUCCAGCUGACGGCUCUGUCUAGGGUGCUGACCAGCUGGGAUAACAAACCUCUCGACGUCCGCGGCAGGUCAUCAGGAUUGGCCCUGCACCCUAGUCCUUUCGGUCACCUUAUGGUAUUGCUGAUGCUGCCGUUUGCCCUGUAGAGAACCUCCCUUUCUGAUGGGCAACUACCCUCAUUCUGAUGGACCAGGAGGACUCUGUCCCACAACUACAAUUCUAUGCAGGACUAUUUAGAGAGAUUAUAUAUACAUACACACACACGCAUGAUUUCAUUAUGGGUGAUUAUUUAUUUUCAUGUCAGCUCUCAAGACACAUGAAUGUGCUAGUCCUAUUCGGUGUGAAAGAGAAGUAGGAAACAAAAAAGAUUUCUUAUUAUAAAUGUUGGAUUUUGUCAAUUUAAGAUUCAUAAUUUUUAUUUGGCGUAUGGUUUAACAGUGUUUGUUUAAUUUACUCUCAGUUAGUUACUUCAGUUAUGUUUUGUAUUAUUUGA